UAGUAAAGGUAGAAGAGUUAAAAAGUACUACAUUUUCGUGUGCACAUGAAAGUAGCACGGUUGUGAAAUUGUUGAGAGAAAUGACGCGGGUGCUUCUGAAUGCUUUCACUUCCUACAACAGAAAGAACAGCGGACUUUUCUCUUAAUACAUCCACGGACCGACACAGCAGACAUGGCGAACACAAAGUAACAGUCACUGUUGUGCAGCAAAUAUGGGUCAGAUAGAAGAAUCCCGGGCGUCGUGCCUUAACACCCUCACCUACCACAGAGAGCUGCUGGUGUCCAGGCUGAGGAGCGUUCAGUGCAUCCUGGACAACCUGUUGGCCUGUGGCUUCGUCUGUGAAGAAGAUGUUGAGAUCGUACAGCGAACCAUCACCAAGCCAGAACAGGUGCGCAAAAUCCUGGAUCUAGUCCAAUGCAAAGGGGAGGAGGCCUGUGAAUACUUUAUUUACAUCAUAUAUAAAGUAUGUGACGCGUACAUAGACCUGCAGCCAUGGCUGAAAGAGAUAGACUACACCCCGAGCAGGGAUGUUACGGUGAUGACAGUGGUUAACACAGAUCCCAUCAGCAGGUACUGUGAGAAGUUGAGGCAUGAGAUGAUCCGGGACACAUGCUUUAUCAUGUCAUACGGCCAGCAAGAGGAGAGCCGUCUGGAGGACCUCUACACUGACACAUUGAUGGAACUGUUGAACGACUGCAAUGAGAGUUUGGGCUUCUUAGAGAGUCUGGACCAGCUCCUAGGAGACCAUGCAGUCUUCAAUCCCCAAGGGGAAACCAUCUAUGUGAUGGGGGAUGCCGGUGUGGGCAAAUCCAUCCUCCUACAGAAGCUCCAGAACCUCUGGUCCAAGAAAGAGCUGCAGACGGACGCCAUCUUCUUCUUUAAGUUCCGCUGUAGGAUGUUCAGCAUCAUCAAGGACACAGAACAGAUCUCCCUCCGAGACCUUUUGUUCAAAUACAACUGCUCUCCAGAUCAAGAUCCAGACCAUGAGGUGUUCGACUACAUCCUGCGCUUCCCGGAGAAGGUUCUUUUUACAUUCGAUGGCUACGAUGAGAUUCAGACGAAUGACCUGAUGAAUGUUGCUGAAGUGGUGUCUCCAGAAGCCAAGGCGCACCCCCUCCAGCUGCUCGUCAGCUUGCUCUGUGGGAAACUACUCCAGGGCUCCCAUAAGGUGCUGACGGCCCGGACAGGGACCGAGAUCCAGAGCAGGGUGAUCAGGAAGAAGGUGGCUCUGCGCGGCUUCUCCCCAGCUCAUCUGAAGACCUACAUCCAUCUGCACUUCAAGGAGCAGGAGCACCGAGAGCUGGUGUCAGUCCAGCUGGAUGCUAGCCCCCACCUCUGCGGCCUCUGCUCCACCCCGCUCUUCUGCUGGAUUGUAUUCAAGAGCUUUAGGCACCUGCACACCAUGCACGACAGCUUCCAUCUGCCUGAAACCUGCAUCACACUCACGGACAUCUUCCUGCUGCUGUCUGAGGUGUUCCUCAGCCGCUCGGCCUCGCCUGCCCCGUCCCUGCUGAAGAAAAGCAGUCGCUGUGCUUCGGACACAUUCAAAGCCGGGCUCCGGCCUCUCGCAGCAUUUGCCAAACUAGCACUUCAGGUUUUGGAGAGAGGUAGCUUCAUUUGCAGCCAAGAGGAGAUCAGUGCGUGCGGCCUGACAGAGGAGGACCUGACCCUGGGCUUUCUUCGACCCGUCAGUGAGUACGACGCCAGUGGAGGCCCUGCUACGUUUGAAGUCCUUCAUAUCACCCUCCAGUCUUUCCUGGCGGCAUUUGCUCUGGUGUUGGAUGAGCAGGCUGCUGCCAGCUCCAUCCUCAAGUUCUUCACCGAGUGCAGCAGGAAAAGAGAACCGUCCUGUCUGCCUUUUGACUUCUGCAUCUGUGGCUCCUCAGAGUCCAGUGAAAAGCAUCCAUUUGCAACUAAUGACCACCUUCAGUUCACUAAUCUGUUCCUGUGUGGACUGCUGUCCAAGGCUCACAGUGGCCUGAUGGAGCAUCUGGUGUCUCCAGUGUUAUUAAAGAAGAAACGGGCCUUACUGAAGUCCUACCUUUCCACCAGUGUAAAGUCCCACCUCCAUGGCUUACCCCACUACAACGGCGAAGAGGGCAGGAAAGUUCAUGUUCUGCCCAACUUCCUGUGGAUGCUGAGGUGCAUCUUUGAAACGGGGAGCAAAGACAUUGCUCAGAUGACAGCGAAAGGCAUCACAGCGGGCUUGAUCAAGCUGGGCUACUGUAACGUGUACUCAGGGGACUGCACGGCCCUGAACUUUGUGCUGCAGCACCGGCAGAAGCUGCUGGGCCUCGACAUGGACAACAACAACAUCAGCGACUAUGGGGUGAUGCAGCUGAGGCCCUCCUUCAGUAAGAUGACGGUAGUGAGAUUGUGCGUCAACCAGCUGUCUGACAGCAGCAUGGAGGUUCUGACAGAGGAGCUGUGUAAGCACAAAGUGGUGGAGGUCUUGGGGCUUUACAACAACCACAUCACAGAUGUUGGAGCCAAGCUGGUUGCUCAGAUUAUUGAGACAUGUCCAAAGCUGCGAGUCCUCAAGUUUGGUAAAAACAGGAUCACUGGUGUUGGUGGGAGGUUUUUGGCCAGCGCGAUUCAGAAGAGCACUUCUAUAUUUGAUGUGGGAAUGUGGGGUAACUGUGUCGGCGAUGAGGGAGCAGAAGCAUUUGCAGAAGCUCUGAGGCGCCACCCCAGUCUGACCAACCUCAGUCUCGCAGCCAAUAGCAUCACAUCUAAAGGUGGCAAGUGCCUGGCAGAAGCGCUGAAAGAGAACAGCGUCCUCAGGAUAUUCUGGUUGGUGCAGAAUGAGUUGACUGAUGAAGCAGCUCCACACUUUGCCCAGUUGGUCCAGGCGAACACAGGUUUAUGCCACCUCUGGUUAAUCAGCAACCACUUCACUGUGGAUGGGAUCAAACACCUCGCUGCGGCCCUGGCUCACAACACAGCACUCAAAGAAAUAUGUGUGAAGGGAAACAAGCUCUCUGAGGAGGAAGAGAAACAGUUUGUGGCAGAGAAAAGACUGCGGUUCCACUGAUGGGCACUCACGUGAGACGUGCAUGUACUGCUGAGAAAUGUCUGUAUGGCACAACAGAUGUAGUGUAUGUUCUGUUCUAGGGCUGCACGAUAUUUUGCUUCAUCGUCUACAUCGUGAUGUGCGCGUGCGCGAUAGUCACAUUGCAGGACUCGGCGAUGUUGACGCUAAAACUUUUUUGCUGCUUGAUAGAAAAGUCAACUUUCACCGUUCUCCUUUUAAAUGAUCAUUUUUACAUUGUCAUUUGCCUUUAAGACAGGUAGCCAUGUGGGCAGCAUGUGUAUGUGAUGUAACGUUAGUCCGACGGGGUUUAUUGUCAUGGGAAGUGAAGCUCUCCGUGUGUAGAAAACAAGUAAGUCUCUCUCCACAACGCCUACCUCCUAUUGCGCCAUUUUGAUGCAAACAAGCCAUCACCCGCCAUUAGCAUCCCAUUGACUGCCAUUGAUUUUGACGUCACUUUGACAGCGAAUA